CUCGGCGAGCUGGCGGCGCUGCUCGAGUCGAUCGCGGAGCACUCGAGCGCGGUCCGCGUCCGGGAGAAGGUUCUGGAGAUCAAGGAGCGCGAGUUUGGGCCCGACCACCGCGAGGUGGCCAUCACGCUGAGGAUUCUUGGGAACGCGUACGGCUCCCUUGGCGACUACGCCAAGCAGCGCGAGCUCCUCGAGCGCGCGCUCGCGAUCCAGGAGCGCGAGUACGGCCGCGACCACGUCGAGGUGGCCACCGUGCUGAUGAACCUCGGGAACGCGCACGGCUCCCUCGGCGACUACGCCAAGUCGCGCGAGCUCUACGAGCGCGCGCUCGCGAUCGAGGAGCGCGAGUACGGCGGCGACCACGUUCAGGUGGCCAAGACGCUGCACAACCUCGGGAGCGCGCACGGCGACCUCGGCGACUACGCCAAGCAGCGCGAGCUCCUCGAGCGCGCGCUCGCGAUCGAGGAGCGCGAGUACGGCGGCGACCACGUUGAGGUGGCCAGCACGCUGGGAAAUCUCGGGAACGCGUACAACUCCCUCGGCGACGCGGCCAAGUCGCGCGAGCUCUACGAGCGCGCGCUCGCGAUCGAGGAGCGCGAGUACGGCCGCGACCACGCGGAGGUGGCUGUGACUCUGGCGAACCUCGGGAACGCGCACGGCUCCCUCGGCGACAAUGCCAAGGCACGCGAGCUCCUCGAGCGCGCGCUCGCGAUCAAGGAGCGCGAGUACGGCCGCGACCACGCGGAGGUGGCUGUGACUCUGGCGAACCUCGGGAACGCGUACAACAGACUCGGCGACUACGCCAAGGCGUGCGAGCUCUACGAGCGCGCGCUCGCGAUUUUCGAGCGCGAGUACGGCCGCGACCACGUCCAGGUGGCCAGCACGCUGGUGAACCUCGGGAACGCGUACGGCGACCUCGGCGACGACGCCAAGAAGCGCGACCUCCUCGAGCGCGCGCUCGCGAUAUUCGAGCGCGAGUUCGGCCGCGACCAUCCGCACGCCGCGCUUUGCCGAAGGUUGCUCGGGGGU